CAAUUCCAAUAACUCCUAACUUCUACUACUAUGCCUUCAAUUAUCUCAUCACAACUCGAUUUGUACUCGAUAAAAGAAUUACCCGAAUCACAUGCAUGGAAAUCCUCAUUGGACGACGAUGGAUCGCGUAAUAUUAAUGCGGAGUCCAUUCCAGUAAUCGAUCUAAACCAUGAUCAUAAAUUUGUCAUGGAUACAAUUGGCCAUGCAUGCAAAACAUGGGGUGCCUUCCAAAUAGUAAACCACAAUAUAUCGCACCGAUUACUUAACCAUAUGGAAACACACGGGACGAGAUUAUUUUCCCUUCCGAUGCAACAAAAAUUAAAAGCAGCUCGAUCGUCCGAUGGCAUCGCUGGCUAUGGAGUCGCUCGAAUUUCUUCUUUUUUCGAUAAGCUCAUGUGGUCCGAAGGAUUCACAAUUUUUGGAUCCCCUCUGGAACAUGCCCGCCAACUUUGGCCAUACGAUUACAAUAAAUUCUGUGACGUCAUCGAAGAGUACGAAAAUGAAAUGGAAAAGCUAGCGGGAAGAUUAAUGGGUUUAAUGCUUGGGUCCCUUGGAAUAGCAAAAGAAGAUGUUAAAUGGGCCGUUGGCCCAAGAAGCGGUAGUUCGGCCCUACAACUAAAUUCUUACCCGGCUUGUCCGGAUCCGGAUCGGGCUAUGGGUCUUGCUGCACAUACGGAUUCUACCCUAUUAACAAUCCUUCACCAAAACAAUACAAGUGGUUUACAGGUAUUUAAAGAAGGAAACGGGUGGGUAACGGUUCCUCCGCUUCGCGGGGCAUUAGUUAUCAACGUGGGUGAUUUGUUACACAUAUUGUCAAACGGGUUGUACCCGAGUGUUCUACAUCGGGCGAUAGUGAACAGGACUCGACAUCGUCUUUCAGUGGCCUAUCUAUAUGGGCCACCGUCAGGGGUGAAAAUUUCACCCCUAUCGAAAUUGGUAGACCAAAGGAACCCUCAAAUGUAUAGGCCAGUGACGUGGAGUGAGUAUUUGGGAACUAAGGCAAAACAUUUCGAUAAAGCACUUUCAUCUGUUCGGCUUUGUGCUCCUCGUAUUGGGUUUGCCAAUUCCAAGGAUCAAAGUGGCGUCCAAGUAGGUUAAUAUAACAAGAAGUAUCCACUUUUUUUUUUUUCCUGAAAAUAUCUCUCUACUUAUGUUCCUUCUUGACCCAUUGGAAGAAUUUAGAUCAAUCUUUAUCUUUGUGAGAA